GAUUAAUCAAACGUCACUUCAUAGCAGUCUCGAAAUGGAGUGUCAGACGUGUCCAUAACAAAUACAAAUCCGUUUUAAGUUCUUGAGAUUUCUGUGAUGCUAUCUAUUGCUUGAUAACAGUCUGAAAACGUUUUCGAUUAUGUACAUUUCUUGUAAACCCCUGUUUCUGCAACAUUCGCGUCAAAAAUAUGGAAGAGGAGCUUAGCGAGAAUGAAUUGGAGGAGCGUAUGUACUCAACGCUACAUUAUGUAGACGACACUCAGGCUAAUGGAACGGACAGUUUGAACUCAAAAGAUGGGGAACAAAUUGAUAUCACCCCUCGCAGCAGUGUGCGUCGAUAUUGGCGUACCAGUGGGGACCAAAAUUCACAAUUUCGAAAAGUAAAUACCCCACAAACAACAGUAAACAACACAGAAAAACAGCAACAGAAACCAAAACAAAAUGAAGCAAAGCAAUUAAAAUCAAACCAACAAAAUUCAAACCAAUCAAAAAGUAAGCCAUCAGAAAUAAAUCCAUCAAAAUCAAAAGCUGAAGAUACAGAUCAACCACCGAAAGAGGAAAAAUCUAACUCGCCAAAUGUAUCUGCUCAAUUGUCAAUAUUUCAACAACCUGUAUCAAAGAAUUUAAAGAAAACGAUUGAAAUAUUGGAUAUUGAUGAUGAUUGUCAUGUUGUUGACAUCCAGUCGAGCGAUGAGGAUGAAGUCAUUGAAGUGGCCCUACCACCUAAGCCAACCAUCACUAUAGAGAGUUCAGACGAAGAUGAAGUGUCCCCUGUAACAACUGAAUCUCCUUCUAAAGAGAAUAAUAUCAAAAACAUCAACGAAAGCAGGGUUUUGAGGGAAGUAUCAUCCAGCCCAGUACCAUCUGUGGUAUCUUCUGUGUCUGAUGAAUUCAUACGAGGAGAUUGCAUUGCACUUAACAUAUCCUCACGCCACAACAAUAACCAAAGCUUUGAUUUUGGUCUCCAUGGCACUGACCUGCUCGGGCAGACACCAUCAAAGAAAAAGAAGAAGAAAAACAAAAAUAGUGCAACAUCCACACCAAUUCCAAAUCAAAUUGCUACAACAAAUAAUAAUUCAGUUGACUCCUGCUUUGCAACACCUAAAAGCAAAGCCAAGAAUAAGAAAAAAGCAAAAGCAAAUAAGGCACAGAAAAAUAUUAUGACUGUGGACUGUUACGAUUCAGACAGUAAUCUCUCUAUGAUUGAAUCAAACAAAUCAUACACAGUAACAGAGAAGAGUUUUCCAAGUGCAGAUGUAUAUGAAUCGGAUUCAAAUCAAUCAGUACAAAUUAAGGGGCAAAAAACGAAACAUCAAGAGAUAUCAAGCACUGAAAUUGACAGCUCAGAUGGUAGUGUCAUUGACAAACCGGAGGAAGAAACUAUGAUUAUAUCAAAUGCUGACAAUGAUAGUGAUGUUACUGUCAUUAUUAACAGCACAGACCUUGUCGACCUAACUGCACCAGAACCUGUAAUUGACGAAAACAUUGUUAUGGCAAAUGUAACUGGUUUCCCGCAGGAAGAUGACAAUGAGCCGAUUGACGUUGACAGUGCUACGAAAUUGGGUUCAACGAAAAUUCCAGCUAUACUCUGCGAAGACCUUGAUUUUGACAAUCUGAAGGGGAACCAAGUGUUCAAACGACGACGAUACUCUCUUACGACACUGCGAGCUGAAAUGGAGAAAUUCUAUAACGAAAGUUGGGGCGGAGAGAACUUCAAUCAUAGGGAGAUACAGAAGAAUAUGUCACGUGAUAAGAGUCUAUGGGUGAUUGACCCAAAAGAUAAGAUGCCAUCAAUGACAAAGAGGAAAGUGACGUGCAACUACUGCAAUCGUAUUGGACAUCGCGAUGACGUCUGCAAGUGGAAGCCACCAGUGUGCUUCAUGUGCGGCUCCGAGGGGCACUACGAGCCCAGGUGUCCAAGGAAGAUAUGUGUUAAUUGCGGUUCACCAAACCACAUCUACUCGAACAUGUGCCGGAACUGCUCCAACUGGCACAACGUGAACUGCAAGGAGUGCGGCCAGAACGGGCACCCGGCGAGCCACUGCCCCGAUGUGUGGAGACGAUACCAUAAUACGAUCGAUAUAACUCUGAAACUGGAACAAAACUUCCAAACCAAGAAGCACUACCAGCACUUCUGCAGCGGCUGUACCCGUCGCGGUCACUUAGUACACGCCUGUCGUAACACCCUUCCCUUCUCCGGCCUACCCAUUAACUCCCCUUACGUAUUCUCCUACAAUCCCAUAUACACCAACAUACCCAACGAAAACCUUAACCCAAACAAGAUCAAAAAUCUUCAACCAGACACAACUAUCGUCCAAGAUUCACCAACUCCAAGGAUGGAUCGAAACAAACGACAAUCCAAAUCUCCCGUUGUACAUGAAACACAUGUCAACAAGAAGAGGCUCACGAGUGUUUCAGAGUCCGGUGAUGCGGGCAGAAAUCCUAAAAGCCCCCUGAUUUAUAAUAAAAAUGCCCCCCAAAAUCAAGCAGAUUCCGGCAAAUGUAUAGAAACGAACAAGAGUUCCAUUACUGAAGAGAGUAAUAAAAAUACAAAUGUAGAGGCUGCUCCCGACUUUAUCCCGAUUAAUAAUUCAAAUCAUAAUGAAAAGGGACAAAUCAUUCAGGACAAUGAAGUAUCCGACACGAGCACAGUUAUUACUUCGGCGCGAAUUUAUCUUACAAAUGAAAUGAGAGAAGCUUUAAAAACAGAAGAGGGUAAAAAUUGGUUGAGUGAAGCUAAAAAUAGGAAUAAAAUCACUAUAGAGGACAAUGACGCAGAUAUAUUUUUGAGUAUUAUGGGUUCCGUAGGGGACCAAGAGGCCUUCCAAGCUGAACUACGAGAAUGGACUCGAAGCAAACAUCUGGAUCAAAAUCACACAGAAAUGAAUAAAAAUAAAACUUACCAGCCUCAAUUGUGUGUUGACAUGCCUAAAAAGCGGGUAAGCUUAUUGAAAAAAGUCACAGAAGCUCUUGAAUCUUUGAAGAGAAAUAUUGGCGAUCCUAACACAUUAUUUAAAGAGCUAAAGUACCUGCAGAAUCGUCACGGGCAACUUUUGAAAACGAAAGUAGUGAGCUCCGCACAAUUGGACAACAACAGGGAUAACAUGAAAAAGAUGAUGAAAAAGCUUAACAUGAUAUUACUCGGGCAAGCGGGACUUGCCGGUGGAAUGGAGCAUUUGAACAAGCUUUACGAUUUACAAAGAAGGCUUACCAACCUAAGACAAAACACAGUAUCGAAAACUCUACGAGAUGAAAUUGGACAACAUUUCCAUAGCAUAUUCUCAAGUUUACCACGCGAUGACUACGCAGACCUGGUCAGCAAAUACUAUGUUGGUGGCAAUAACACAUCACUUUAUAAGAAAAGGAAUGACAAGGUGUUCAAGAUUAGUCCCAAGCCCCAGAAAAAAUCUGUGAACUUUAUUCCAAGGAACAAUGACAUACGAGACGCCGAUGACACCGAUAAAACGGCGCCCAAAACUCGGAAACUCCAGAAAUCCUUAAACAAACUGGUAUUCUAUCACAGGCGACUGGUCAAUUCUUCGCCAGCAGAUUCGAAGUCUAUAAAGACACGUCACUUUUUAAUGCAGAAACUCCACACCAAUAUCGCAAGAUUGGGGACUUUAACCAGCAUUUCCACCACUGCUGUGAAGAAAUUGCAAAGAAUACAAGACGAGGCGCAAAUGUUCUUGUCUAAUGUCUAAGAUUUAGCACGUAAAUCGACAGAAAUGUGUGCGUGAUAAACGCUCUAUGCGCAAGAAAAGUGGCUAUUAUUCCCAUUCAGAGAUGGGUUUAUUUACCGAGUCACUUUUCUUUUGGUGUUAUUGCACCUCAUUGUGCAUGCUGCAUACUUAUAAAAAUAAAAUUAGUAUAAAGCAUAAAA